UUCACUGUCGGAUGGAGGCCUCCCAGGCCAGUGAUGAGUGUAAAAACGUGCCAUCAUCGCCAUCGUCGUGACCAGCCUUGACCAAUCCACUGCUGGACGGCUGCCUCGCCAAAGCCAGCGAUGAGCGCAGUGGUGAUUCAAUCCGUGGCGCGGCCACGUGGCUUUUUUUCCGCGUGACGUCCUUCCUCGCACGCGCUUCCUGCCUUCCGCGCUGGGGAAGGUCGCAAACGCAGCGCAGCGACCGCUUUUGUGUUCUCCCUCUCUGCCCAGGCCGUUUCAAAACCCCUCCCCCUCUCACCGACCCCCGAAGGCCCCGCGAGGAAAGAGCCACAAGCUCUGGGUCAAUCGCAACGUUCAAUUAGAGGGCAUUAUCACAGGGGGGGGGGUGGCAUUUGAGAUGACCGCGGGCAGAGUGUUCGUGCGGCUGGCUGGGGUCUCGGGAGCUCUCGCAGUUUCGGCAGGCGCCUACAAUGCCCACACGUUCAAGUUGGGUCAAGCCGACGAAAAUCAGCAACAGACGUACGACACCGCGAAUCGCUAUCACUUCAUCCACACGCUGGCUCUGCUGGGGGUCCCACACUGUCGGCGGCCCAUCCUGGCCGGCUCGCUGCUCACGGCCGGCACGGUGCUCUUCUGCGGCAGCUGCUACGCGCACGCGCUGGAGCUGGCCGACGGGCGCGUGCGCUCCAUCACGCCGUUCGGCGGCAUGUGCCUCAUCGCCGGCUGGCUCGCUUUGGCUCUCUGAGACCCCCCCAACACCAUCCCGGCUGCUGUAGGGGGUUGGGGGGAGCAGCAGGGGGUGGUGAUCGGUGGGGGGGCGGGGGGGGGGGAGAUACGGCUUGUUGGUCGCGGUUCGACGUGACGAUGUCACUGGAUUAUGACGCUUCGGAGAGAGGGCGACGCGCCCCAAACUUGUGCCCGCUGUCGACUCGGCUGUUCGAAUCUGGCACGCACGCACCGACCAAACAAUGCCGCUUACCCCAAGUGCUUCAGAAUAUGCAUAGAAUGUAAAGUAUAAAGGUGCAGCCCUGCAAUUACUUGCUCACGUCAAUGCCGGCGGAAGGGACUCCGAGAGGGAGCUGUAGAGAGCCCCUCUGGAAGGUACUUGGCCUACUUUUCCACGCCAGCCAGACAUCUUCGAAGAAGUACGUGUGCCCACAUUUAAAGCAAACUAUUUUUUACAUAAACUAAACUAACUUUUUAUUUUACCUGGUGAGGCCCACUGAGCUAUAAAGCUCUUUUUCACGAGCGACCUGGCCACAAAUUUUAGCUCAAGGAAGUAGCUUAUCACGUGAAACAUGUAUAGCAGCCAAAUACUCUAAAGGCUUGUUUCUAAAUGUGGAGAUAAAAACCAGAGGACCCGGAGAAAAAUCCAUUCGACCACGGGUAGAACACGCAAACUGCAAAUAUACAGCAGGCGUCAGGUUCGGGAUCGAACCCACAACCUCCUGUAUACCAGGCAAGGUAGUUAACAUCUCUCCACUGUAUCUCCCAUGAUCAUCGUUGCACACACAUCUAUACAUUUAUACUGUUGUGGGGACAGAGGGGGUUGAGAUUGGAUAAACGUUUGCCAUUGUUUCAAUAAAGCCAAGCCUUGAUUUCUAAAUGGCUCGAUGCACCAACCACUGCACCACCACUCCCCCCAGCUAUAACAUCUCAAUCGGCUCGAGCCUCCCGUAAUUCACGUGACUUAUGUUGAACUCCCUCCCACUCUGAAUCCCUUUCCUCUCUCCCCGCCCAACUUUGAAAACACACUUUCCUCUGUGCAGCAGCAGCAGCAGCAGCAUCGAGGCCCUGAUGCAGCCUCUCCCACCUCUCCCCCCCCCAUCUCUCCUGACCCCCUAGCCACCCGUUUCUCCAUUCUUCUUCCAUCAUUUUCGUCUAAAUUCCCAUUCCUUCUCUCUUCCCUCGGCGUGUGCCACGGGCAAAUAAAUAGGCGCUAGCUUUUAGAAUGUGGAAGUUGAUGGAUUUUUUGUUGUUGAAUGAAAUCCUAUAGGGCUGAACGUGUUUGAAAAAUGUUGCUUAUUGAAAUGUUUGCUCGUUGCUACGACCUGUUCUGCAAGGUACCGACGACUGUUUAAUGUGUGACGUGUGUGCGCGUGUAUGCGUGGGAGCGUUCGUGCAGUGGUUAGCGCGCUGCGCUAUGAACAUGGCGAACCGAGUUCCCUAUGACGAUUGUCUGAACUGGUCGUGGGCCUGGGCCUCCCCUAGGUCGACUCAGACUUAAAUUAGUACCUGGCGCUGCUAAUAAACUUCCAGCACUGUGGAGAUAAAAUGCGUCCCGUUGUGCACAGUGCCGGCCUCAAGAGGUGCUCGCUAACAGCACCGAACAGUCUUAUGAAUCUUGACUGAUGAUGAAGAUUAUGUAAUGACCCAGCGUACACAAGAAGCGAUUACUCGCGAUUCGUGUCUGUCGUGCGAGAUCGGUUCUCGUGAUCUCUGCAGCCACUGGAGGCGCUGAUGCGACCACAAUGGCAAUACGGUCGGGUAGAGAAUUGGUUCUUGAUUGGAAUCGCCUGGUAAACUACAGUCCUCGCACUCCACUCGCAGGACCCGAGAUCCCUUGGUGGAAUUGUACAUUCCCAUUCACCCAAUAAAUACUUGCCGAACGAU